CUCACUGAAAAUCAAUUAAUCAUAGAAACUAUCCAUUAUUCAGCAUUUUAAUCGAACUACACAGUCGCAGCCUAUCGGAGAGUUAGCAGCUGACAUCAUUAAUUGCUAAGCUGCUGUUAUGCUCGCUAGUCAAGUAUUAUCGCGGAAACCCCACAUAGUUCGGAGCAACAUGUCAACAGCUCUGCAGUCCGCAGACCCAGAUAAGAACUGGUUCUUUCUCUGAGCAUACGCAACUUGAUGCGUGAUGUCCAAUUGAUAUAAGCAUCAUGGAUACAUUGAAGCUGGCGGGUACAAUUCCCUCCACCGCGUUCCGGCGAGUGGGGCCUCGUCGCGUGUUCCUCUUCCCUUCUCUUAUCGCAAUUAGCAUUCUAUUGUUUACAUUCUACCGUCCGCCAGAGCUUUCUAAUUAUGUCGUGGAAUUCCACGGAGAUGCCCAGCUGUCUCAUUCUCAAUGGGAUAAACUAGAUGCCCACCUGCAGAGAUGCGAAGAGUUGCAGGCACCAUGGCAAACGUAUGAUUUUCCUCCGUCAGCCAAUCGCACCAAUCCGCGGUGGAAAGUCUCUAGUGGCCAAAAGCAAACUGUAGUUUUGCGAAAUGUGACUGUGUUUGACGGUGACUCCAUUCUACCAGAGCCUGUAGAUAUUGUUUUUGCAGAAGGUGUUGUGCAGUCAAUCACCUCAAGUGGUGCCAACAACUUCGACGCCGUCGCAAAUACAAUUGUUCACAAUUACCAUGGACAUUUUGUCACUCCAGGUCUCGUGGACAUGCACUCACAUCAUCUAGCUAUUCCUUGGCCUAGUUUGGAAAGCUACGUAGAUGACAAUGAGAUCAACGAAGCCACUGGUCCAUUAACUCCAAUGGUCCGAGCACUCGACGCUAUCAAGCCUUACGAUAUAGCCGCCAAGAUCAUCGCGUCUGGCGGCAUCACCACAUCCUUGAUUCUUCCCGGCUCAGCAAAUAUCAUGGGCGGAGAGGCCUAUCCAGUUAAAAACUUCCUUCGAGGUGGUGAGUACGGCGAGGAAAUCGUCGAGGAGCUCCUUCUUGAACAUGGAAUUGCAAAAGAAAACCGACGGCGAUAUUUGAAAAUGGCAUGUGGAGAGAACCCCAGACGUGUAUAUCACCACACUCGUAUGGGUAAUGCCUGGCACUUCCGCCAUCAUAUGGCGCGUGCAAAAGAACUGCGUGAGAAACAGGAUGCCUGGUGUGCCGCCGCCGGGAUCGCCAGGCAGAGAAAAGACUCUGCAGCUGCUGCAACCCUCCUAGCUGAAGGGCCUUAUGCUAAGGGUGGGCUUCCAGAGGAGCUUGAGCUAGAUUCUAGUGUUGCAAUGCUACGAGGAAAGAUAGGUAUUAAUGUUCAUUGUUACGAGCAGGAAGACUUUGAAGAUAUGCUCCUUCACAGUGAAGAAUUCGGAUUCCGCAUUCAGGCAUUCCAUCACGCGUUGAGUGCAUGGAAGGUACCCGAAUUAAUCAAGAGUAGUGGACAAAAUAUUACGAUCGCGACAUUUGCCGACUUUAGCUUGUACAAAAAGGAAGCAUACGAUGGAAAUCUAUGGGCCGGAAAGAUCUUAACAGAGCAUGGUGUGCCGGUCGCAUAUAAAUCGGACCACGUUGAUGAAAACACCAACGCUAGAUACUUAUUGUCUCAAGCUGCUACGGCUCAUUCAUUCGGCCUUUCAGAGCUUCUCGCGUUACAGUCAGUAACUAGCGUACCGGCUAAAUCUCUUGAACUACAUCAUCGUGUAGGAUAUCUGAAACCUGGGUACGACGCCGACAUUGUUGUAUGGAACUCGCAUCCUCUUUCGGCCGGGGCAAAUGCGUUGCAGGUAUACAUUGACGGCAAAUCUACACUUGAGGAAAAGUCUUUCUCACCAGAAGCCGCUGAUAAUACGAAACCUGGAAUGCGCGCUGAGACCGCCGCGGAAGAUAUCAAAUUAUUCUGUGAACACCCGAAGAGAGACGAAAGCAUUGUCGUUACUGGAAUCAAGAAUUUCUACUUGGACACUCCCGAUAUCAAACCGUCCGCGAGCUUCAACUUGACAAUGGUAAUUAAUAAUGGAAAAAUAAGUUGCUUAGGAGAUCAGGAUCGAUGCAUCUCUACAACAUCGACCAGCCGUGUGAUCACCCUUCAAAACGGGCACGUACUUCCAGGCCUUACUACUAUUUCUGAUACUUUGGGCCUUGCGGAGAUCGAAUCCGAGGAGACCACUGCCGAUGGAUACGCUGAUAGGACAGCUAAUGUACUAGAUCCUGAAACUGCGCUGUACACUAAAUAUGGAAUUCAUUUUGAAGGAAAGGCUUUUAAUCGUGCCCGCAUUGGGGGUGUGACAAGGUCCAUCACGUACCCAUACGGCGACGGGUUCUUACAGGGCGUUAGUGUUGGGAUUAAAACAGCCGAGGGUGGUAAUCCUAUCAAUGGGGGCAUUUUCAAAGAUGACGUUGCGUUGCACAUUUCCAUUGGACAAGAUGCAAAAUCUUCGCUGCAAACCCCAAGCGUUUCGAAGUCUAUAGCUACACUUCGAAGGAUUUUGAAUGACAAUAAGGGUAAAGACACAUUGUAUGGAAAAGCCGCCAAUGGGAAAAUUCCAGUGGUUGCACAUUCUGAGAAUAAGUAUGAUAUUCUUCAACUUGUCAAAAUCAAGUACGACUUUCCCAAAGUCAACCUGGUGAUUUACGGUGCUUCAGAGGCCCCAGCUGUGGCUGAUGAAAUUGCAUCAGCUGGAAUUCCGGUCAUUUUCAACGCCGCCCAUUCUGCUCCAUCAGAAUGGGAGAAAAAGGACCUCCUCGUUGGGCCUCCUUUGACCAUAUCUCCUGUGCAGGUCCUUCUGGAAUCUAACGUCACAUUUGCGCUCUCCCUGCUGCCCGGCCAUGACUGGCAUCUUGCCAACCUACCCAUUGAAGCAGCCGCUAUUGCCAAAGAGGCUGGCAUCUCUUCAAAGCAGGCCAUUGAUCUUAUUUCAAUCAAGAUUGAUGAUGUUCUUGGCUUACAGAAAAGUGAAAGAAAUUCCGACUUUGUGAUCUGGGAAGGUGAUCCGCUUGAGUAUGGCGCUAGUGUUGUCCUAACUUUUGACGGCGAUAAUAGAGAAGUUGUUGGGUGUUGGCCAGAGGCUGAAUAAGCUGACAUUCAGAGACUACAACUCGAGAAUUAACUUUCCAUUUGGCUUCGUCUUGGCCAUAUAGCCAUUUGCUGAGGAUGAGAUAUUAUCGUUCCUGGUAUAAAUUCUAGAUCAAUGCAUCCUCUAUUUAUUAUCC